GCCUUGGCGUCGUUUGGGAGGUCAGCGGGCGGGGGUGGAAGUUCACGGAAUGUGACGCUGACAUGACUGGCAGGGGAGCUAACGUAGGUGCUGGUAUUACCGAGAUUAAGCCGGAGCAUUUUAACUUGUAAUAAAUCUCGUACAUCGUGAGCGUUGGGGGUUUGUACAAACCAUGACAGCCAACGAAGAUCAAGAGAUGGAGCUGGAAGCUCUUCAAUCCAUCUAUGAAGGAGACGACUGCUUUAAAGAGCUCAGCCCGGUCUCUUUUCAAUACAGGAUAGGAGACCUAGAAGAUGCAAAAGCAUUCCUACUGGAUAUUUCCUGGCCUGAAACAUAUCCAGAAACAGCCCCCAAAAUCUCCUUGGAUGCCUUUUUUAAUAACAGAAUUUGCCCAGAGGUAAAGAAGACCAUUAUUACCAAACUAGAAGAGCAAGUUGAAGCAAAUCUAGGCACUGCCAUGAUGUAUACACUGUUUGAAUGGGCAAAAGAAAACCAGCAACAGCUUAUGGAAACCCAUCAGCCUGUGAACAAUGCACUGACGUUGACUUCCAGCAGUGAGAAUGCCAUUAAUCCUAAUUUCAGCUCUUCAAAGAAAAAGGAAAAAAAAGAGCAGUUAACCAAAUCACAAAAGAGGAAGUUAACAGGAAAAACAGAUAACAAGGGUGAGCUGCCCCGUGGCUGGAACUGGGUAGAUGUAAUCAAGCAUCUAAGCAAAACGGGAGGUAAAGAUGACGAUUAAGAGACUCCGGACUGUGAAGUGGAUUUCUAUUGUUUUAAAAUAAAGUGCAAUGACCACACAGGACCUCAGAUGUGUUCUCUACAGUGCUGCUUGACUUUAGCCUGAAUCUUCCCAGUCUUGAGUAUUUAUAAGAAGAGAAAAGUUAUAACAAAGCAAGUUUUCUAAUGAAAUGCUCCACUUUUACAAAUUAAUUUUGCUUGUUGCCAAAUUGAAAUAGAUUUUACAAAAGAGCCCCCUUUUCGUAGGUUUGUUUCUAUUCAGAUUUCCAUGCCCUGUCAUACUUGUCCAUGUUACCAAAACAUAACCUUGAUUCACUAAUUUACUGUCAAUACAAACAUGUAACCAACUAUACGUUAUGUAUCUAAAUUCUGCCGUUGUUAUACAGUAAACUUCAUUAGAACUUG